ACUCCUCUUAUCUGUACAGUUUGAGUUUUACAGCGCAGAGGACAAACAGGGUCUCAGGCAGAAGAGAGUCUCCAGAAGAGGAGAGUUCAGAUACAGUGAUGCCGCCACUCUGUGCUGUUCUUGUGCUUUUCAGCAAAGUCUAUGGUCUGCUUGGGAAGAACAUAGUUCAGCCUGAUGUGCUGGUGACAGCUCAGCUUGGAGACACUGUGACUCUCCCAUGUUUCUAUGCUAAAGAUGAUGUGCAAUGGUACAGAUGGCUUAAGCAGCCUCUUGGACAGAAGCCUGAGCAAUUGUUAAUGAUAUUAAAUUCUGAACCUUAUACUGUAGAUUUCAAUGAGUUUAUAAACAGUACGCGCCUCAGUGCUAAAGCAGCAAAGGGGACCUCGAACCUGACUGUGUCACAAGUAGAGCCGUCGGAUUCAGCCACAUACUACUGCGCUAUUGUGCUCUACAAUGAUAUCAGCUUUGGAGAAGGAACUACAUUAAUGGUCCUGGGGUCAGAGUCACACAGCAGGACAGUAGUACUGCAGCAGCCCGAGUCUGAGUCAGUGCAUUCUGGAGACUCUGCGGCUCUGCAGUGUAUAGUACACACUGAGACCUGUGCAGGAGAACACAGUGUGUACUGGUUCAGACAGGGCUCAGGAGAGUCCCCUCCAGGAAUCAUUUACACCCAUGGAAACAGGAGUGAUGAGUGCCAGAGGAGCUCUGGGGCUGUGUCUCCCACACAGAGCUGUGUCUACAACUUCCCCAAGAGGAACCUCAGCCCCUCUGAUGCUGGGACUUACUACUGUGCUGUGGCCACCUGUGGGGAGAUCCUGUUUGGGAACGGGACCAUGCUGCACUUUGAGGGGAAUGAACGUCUUCCUCUUUAUUGCUUGGCGGGAGCUUUGACGUUGGGUGUGAUCCUAAAUAUUGUCCUCAUUCUGAAAAUGAGAAAAGGCUGUGAGAAAUGCAAAGAUAUGUGCACAUCAUGUACACAUAUCACAGGAGCUGCAUCAAACAACCAAGUGAGCGGAGAAGACUUGGCCAGCAAACAGAGUCAAGAGGAAUCAAUGAAUUACGCUGCUUUGACUUUCACCACCAAGAAACCCAAAGUGAGGACGAAGAAGAAGGAAGUGGAGAAAGAAACGGUUUACUCAGAUAUGAGAUUUAGAGACCGCGAGUGAAACUUUCCAUAAAAGCCAUCUUCGUCAAAAGAAUAAUCAAAAUAUUCCCUCGCUAGAAUUGUUGAACAUCAUACUAUGUCGCUGUAAAUUUUAUUACACGUACAGGAAUUU